AUGCAGCUCGUACAAUUCUGGUCUUUGACCUUGUUGCUGGUCUCUCCCGCCUCUGCAGCAGCUGCAGUACAAUAUUGCGGUGCUGUUGGAGUCUCUACUAAGCUUCCCUACUUCACAUCAGCGUUCUCCACCCUGCGAUCUUCGGCGGCAUGCGGGAAACAUCGUGCUGCUGAUACGAAGUGCCAGAGUUAUGCGAUUGGUACUGGUCUCUGUUUGCACUACGCCUCUCCAGUAGCCAGCCUAUUCAAAGCGUCGUCCAUAAGCCCGUGGAAACUGUACGAUCGUAUCUGCGCGCCAGUUGUGCCCAGCUUUCCCUCCAAUACCGGGUCAGCCUCAACACCGACUGCAGGCACUGAUGGCCAUACUUCGAUAGACGUGGGAGGCUCAGUCACUUCUCCUGUCAUCGCAACGACAGAUAGUCCGGACCUUCCAUCCAGCAGUGUCGUGUUCCCCACGGACGACAAGAGCUUUACCGUCACCUACACAUACUAUGAAGAGCCGCUACCAAGCAUCAUAUCGAUGGGCUCACCUCCAAUUGAUGGUCUUCCAGCCCCAACGUCAGGACUGCCCAACCUUCCCUGUAUCGUCGACCCGUCAUCGACAAACAGCCAGUUCAAUCUUCUCGGCUCCAACUUUGUACCCCUGGUCAGCACAUCUGGCAAGCUGCAGCCUUUGCCAACUCCGACGUCUGAAGCACAAGCCAAAGCCAUGGGUCCGCCCGACUCCGUUGCAUUGCCAUACUUCUUCUUCCAGAAGCCAGCGUCUGGUACCGGAGCUUAUGACAUCGUGCUGGCUGGCUCCACGGCUCAGUACAUCGCAAAGACAUCAAUUGGUGGAAUGAUACUUACAUCUGCCUCAACGGGUACAACUGCAAAGACCGUCAAUGGGCAAUCGAUCAUCACUUCCAUCUUCAACGUCGAUUGCAAGGGCCGGAUAAGCGUUCAGCAAGGUACAACCCUGUACACUUGGGAUGUCAACUCGGACGGAACAGCUGCAACAUUCGUGACAGGUGCACCCACCAAUAACCGAACUAUGGUCACCUACUCGAUGCAGAUGAAAGCCAAGGCUGCCAGGAAUCGACGCAGAAGCAUCUGGACUGAAGGUGCCGCACCGCGAUGUCCCAACAGCCCUGCAAACCUGCAUGCUGCAGUGUUCCCUGGAGCCCGUGGACUGGCGCCGAACGGCUGUGGUGCUGCAAAAGGAUUCGACUUUGUGCCAGACUUCUCUUUUGGAAAAUGCUGUGACGGCCACGACAACUGCUACGAUGACUGCAAUCGCGGUACGUGGGAAGGCUGCAACAAUCAAUUCCACGACUGCAUGCGAGGCUCAGGCUGCGACUAUCUCAACAACUGGUACUCCUACAUUCCCUAUCUCGCGUGCCUCAAAGCCGCCGACUUCUACUACUGGAGUGUAACAGGCUCAAUUGGCCGCGGCGCAUUCUACUCCGCCAACACCGAACGCUGCAAAUGCUACUGUCCCGACUCCCAAGCCCUCUGCGGCACCCAGCCCAACGGACCAUACACCUGCACCAACCUCUUCUCGACCGACGUCAACAACUGCGGCGCCUGCGGCCGGACGUGCUCCGCCAAAUCCACCUGCACCAAAGGCAGCUGCACCUGCCCGAUCGACCAAUGCGGCGACCGCUGCGUCAACCUGAAAGACAACCCCAACCACUGCGGCUCCUGCAGCACCAAAUGCCCCUCCGGCCAAGACUGCUACCAAGGCCAAUGCUACCUCCCACCCCCAAAUAAAUGCGCGUCCGUCGACGGCUUCUCCAUCUCUCCACCCGUCGAACAAUGGAGCACCUGCCCGCAAGGCUGCUCCGCCGACGGCUUCACCCAGCCCCUAUCGCCCUACUACACCGGCUCUCCCACACUCGGCUGGAAAAUCGCCAAAAACGGCUACGCCACCAUCGGCACGACCGUCAAAAUGUGUCCCGGGACGGACUACCUCCUAUCUUUCAACACGAACCACUGCGACGGCAUCGGCAUCCACUGCAACGUGAAAUGGAAAUUCGGUCAGCGCGACUGGAGCGCUCUACAGGGUUUCCCGACUCCCGACGAUUGUCACGAUCAUGCGAGCCCGCAGUAUGAGGUGCCGGGGUUUAAUGUGGGGGAUGCAGGGACGACGGGGGAUGGGUUGGCGCUGGAUGUGCCUUUUGCGGUUUAUUUGAGUUGUGAUGGGGAGACGUUUAGUGUGAAGAUUAGUGGGUUUGAGUUGGUUGCUCAGGGGUCGGGGUGA